AUGGGUCACAAUUCCCAAGCUAACACCCUUCAAAGAAGAGCAAGAUGCUGGGGUAUUUUUCGAAGGAGAUUUCCAAAUUGGUCUGAACCAGUCAGUGCUGCCAUGCAUAUUUCAUCCCAUCAGCAGCAAGAUGGAGAUCUAGCAAUGAGUGAUGCCCACAUGGACUCUGGACUUAGAUACACUCCCUAUGCCAUCCCAUCCCAUCAUUGGAGAAGCAAUUUAUACAAACAAGACCAGACCCAUGGUAACAUGGAAAGAGAGCAAAAGCCUCCAGAGCGAAGAAAAGAGGGAAACAGGCAGAAUGGAACCUUAGGGAGCUGGUUCAAGAUCACAAUUCCAUUUGGCAUAAAAUAUGAAGAGAAGUGGCUGCUGAAUUUGAUUCAGAGCCAGUGCAGUGUGCCUUUCACUCCAGUUGAGUUUCACUAUGAGAAAAUGCAGGCCCAGUUCUUUGUUGAGAAUGCCGGCAUUGCCUUUGCAUUGAAGAAUAUCAGUGACAAGAUUUGGGAUGAGGAUAAUGAAAAGAUAUCAGUCUUUGUUACUCCUUCGGAGGUACCUUACUCCGUGAGGGAGCUGAAGUCAGAAAAUGUAGAGCAAAUGAAGUUGACCAUGAACAAUCAAUGUGAUGCCUCCCAGCAAGCUCUUGACAUCCAGAGACCCCCUGUUGACCCAAAUAUGACUGACUUGAUGACCCAUACUAUUGAAAUGGCACAGAAUCCUAGAAGGCACAUGGUUACUUCCUUGAAUAUUCCUGAAGAGAACAAACCCAGUGUGAAAUCUGCUGGGAGAAUGGACAAGGGGAAAGAACUGCAACCAGAAAAGAUGUCUGCAGACAAAAACACUCUGUGCACCACCUUCCUGGAUAAGUCCAACAACAUAAACUCCAUCCUGGAAUUGUUUCCCAAGUUAUUACGCCUGGGUGGGCAGGAGUCAUCUAGACCAACUGUACGUGGCAUUGAAGCUCACAAGAAGUUACCAACUUGCAAGGGAAGUUUCUUUGGAUCUGACAUACUGAAGAAUCUGAUCCUACAAUUCCUGCAGCAGUAUUACUUGAUCUAUGACUAUGGAGACCGAAAAAGUCUCCUGGGCACUUAUCAUAUUGAGGCCUGCUUCUCCCUGACCAUUCCCUUCCACCCUAAGGAUCCAGCCCUGAGCAGCUUGUGUGAGUACUUCAAGUAUAACAGGGAUAUAAAGAAGCUCAAGGAUUCCUACUUGCGGAGGCAGCUGCUGAAGUAUACAAAAUGUGACAUUGUGGACUCCCUUAGUGUGUUGCCCAAGACUCGGCACGACCUUAGCUCCUUUGUGGUGGACAUGUGGUUCCAGACAGAAACCAUGCUCUGCUUCUCUGUGAAUGGGGUGUUCAAGGAAGUGGAAGGAAAGUCUCAUGGCUCUGUUCGUGCCUUCAUCAGAACCUUCAUCGCUAUUCCCGGAAGCAACUCCAGCCUUUGCAUCAUCAAUGAUAAGCUGUUUGUGGGGGACCCUAUCCCCAAGGGGAACCAGAGCACCUUCUCCAUCCCUAUGGCCACACCUUCCUCCACCUGUAUGCCUGCCCUCUCCCAGGAGCAGCAGGAAAUGGUGCAGGCUUUCUCUGUCCAGUCCGGGAUGAACCUCAAGUGGUCUCAGAAGUACCUUCAAGAGAACCACUGGGACUACAUCAGGGCUACACAAAUUCUUGCUCUGCCCAAGGCAGAGGGCAGCUUCCCAGAGGAGACUCUCAGAAAGACUGAUCCUGAAUCCUAA